AAAGAUGACCGAUAUUACGUAUAACAAUCCUAUCAGUAAACCGGUUGAAUUGGGUUUAUAUUUCAUUGGAUUAUGGCCAAAAUAUACUUAUAGUUUAAUUCAUCGUUUACUUUGGGUGAUAAUAUUAGGAAUAGUUUUGAUCUUAGAAUAUCGAUACGUGAUGUUACACAUUGCAACGGAUGAUUUAGCCGAGUUAAUGGAUUGCUUUAGUAUCACCGUGUCAAAUAGUCUCUUGUUCAUCAAAUUAAUUAUACUUUGGUUCAAACAACGAACUUUCAACGAGAUCGUAGCUAUGAUGAACGAGGAUUGGUUGGAAUGUAUUACCAUUGGUAGAAACGUCGAUAUGAUGACCAGCAAAAUUUUCAUAGCACAUAAAUUUUCUAAAAUAUCAACUAUCAUUUAUGGUGGUGGUGUUAUCAUGUUCUUGAUUCCCGUCAUAUUUGCCGAAGAAAGGAUAUUCGUAUUAAAAAUGGAAUUUCCAUUUGACGCCACUGUAUCACCGUUUUACGAACUCAUCAACAUGAUACAAUUCUUUCAAGAAGUAACCUUUGCUUCAGCAUCUGGAAUGUUAAAUGGCGUUAUGAUGACCAUGAUACUUCAUACAGGUGGCCAAGUUGAAAUAAUGUGUCAAGCUAUGGAAGAAUUUAUGAAUCAAAUGGACGAACAUGGUUCUUGUUUGAACGUAUUGAAAAAAUUAAUUGUCAAACACGAUAGGAUUAUAUUAUUUUCCGGUUACAUCGAAGAAUUGUUCACUUACAUUGCCUUGUUGCAAUUUUUUUCCAAUACAAUGGCCAUCUGUUUUUCGGGAUUCGUUAUAAUGACGUCAAUUGGCACGGAAGAAGGGAACGCAAUAUUAGCAAAAACUGUACCGUAUUAUACUGUGGUCAACGUGGAAGCAUUCAUACUUUGUUUUGCUGGAGAAUAUCUCAGUUCUAAAAGUUUGAUAAUUGGCCAAAAAGCAUAUGAUACCAAUUGGUAUAAUCUGAAACCAAACGAGAGUAAAUAUAUUUUAUUUCUAAUGCUUCGAGCCCAAAGACGAUUGACUAUCACCGUAGGCAAAUUUUUGGAUUUGUCAUUGGAGAGUUUUGCGAGUAUAUUGAAAGCUUCUGCAUCAUAUGCAUCUGUACUCCACGCAAUGUAUUAGAAAUGAAAUUUAUCAAUACUUACA